AUGCUUCCGCUGGGACGAUAUGGCAGACGCAGCUCCAACGUCGUCGACUUGAGUCACUCCAGGCUCAAAUCUCUUCACGGCGGCGUUCAACGUCAUGCCGUCGUCAACUGUGUGAACGUCCCCGUUUCAUCUGCACCGACAUCUGUUGAGGAAGUCGCCACCAGACCCGGCCUUCACCUUACCCACACACCAACAGAGGUCUUUUCUACCUUUCCAAUGGCGCAAAUCGACGUCAGUGAUGAUCGGCCAGCGCUUUACAACCUAUGCCUCACCUCACGGCUGCUCCGGGACGUCGCUCAGCCGGUGCUGUUCAGUCACUUCGACGUUCCCUCGCCGGACAAAUCCGACCGCAAAAACGCGGUUCACCUCCUUCCACCAAAACGUCGGCUUGUGCUUUUCUCCAAGACAGCACUUCAGCGGUCGGACCUUGCCUCUAGGACAAAAUCUAUGGAUCUUGACUUCGGAAGUCCGCAGGAUAACGGCAUUGGAGGUCAUAUCCUGCCAGAAGAUACGGCACUGUUCUCCAGAAUGGCCAAAGAGAUCUUCCCUUAUGCGCCCGACUGGACGGAGCGGACUCGAAGAAGGGGAUUUUGCGCUCUCCUCCCUCUCAUUUUCUGCAGACUACCAAACCUUCACAGCCUCGUCUUUGUACCUCCAACUGACGCCUCGUCAUAUAUCCUUGUUCCACGCGGUCAACUCACCAAGGACGACGUCUGUUCAAUCCUUCCUUCUCUAAGGGAAGUUGAUAUAGACAGUUAUGGUUAUGGCUACAAUGUGCCUCCAGAGUUGGAAGACUUUGGUCUGUUCCUCUGUCUCCCAACAUUACAUCACUUUCGUAUCGACACAUUCAUUUGUACCGCCUGGUACCGUUACAUCGACAAUUAUCUUCUUCCAGCCCCACGUACCUGGCUCCUUUCGGAAGUUUACUUAAGGAAUUGCACAUUCAUGGAUGCCAAAAAUCUCACAAAUUUUCUAGCAGCGUUCUCCAAACUCAAGAAGUUUCAAUUCUCAGCAGCAGAUUUAGGCGAUGAUUUGGUUGAUUACGAGGACUAUUUCACUCCUGCAGAGCUCAAAGACGCACUGGAGCGGCAGGUCUCGUCUUUGGAAGUUCUAGACAUUGGCCUCGCCGAUGUGAAGUAUGCCGCGGAUGUCGAAGAAGACGAUUCUGCGGAAUUUGCAAGCAACUAUCUGGAUACUGGAUCACUGGGUCGCUUUGAACACCUAAUUCAAUUAAGCAUCGAUGCGCUUCGUUUGGGGGCCACAGCAAAUUUGCCACCAAAUAUUAUCCAGCUUAUCAUCAGGGACGUUCACGGCACCCGAUCACUUAGCGAAUACCAUAUACUUCGGCGGUAUAUGAACGACCUGCUGAAUCUGGACAAGACGUGUCCUCACAUACAAUACGUAUUCAUCCAAGCCUUGAAAAGCAAUGAUAUUCUCCGCAUUGGGGAGGCGCAUAAAGCAACAUACCACAAAGAUGCCAAGGGGCGCUCUAUCCUGUCCUUCCCAAAUUUACCAUACAAGCUAUACGUUUGCUUCGUCACUUUCAAUGAUUUUGGACUCCCGAUGUACCGCGAGCUCGACGACCAAAUACCCGAAAUAUUAGCAUCUGAGGAUUGA